GACAAAUUUUCCACUCCGAAUUUCCAGAGAAAGCGAAAUAAAGAAAGAGUCACUCAAGAACAAGAAGAGUCUCUGUUUCUUCCUCCUCUUAAUUCAACAAAUUCGCAAACCAAUUCACGCUAAAUUUUUCCUGUCCAUGAUCCAGAAUCUUCCCAUUCAUUCCAAUUUCAGAUGAAGGCUCCUCCAGAAAGAACUAAAGUGGUUAUUAGGCAUUUGCCUCCGUCUCUUGUUCAGUCCGAUCUCCUCCAACAAAUUGAUGAUCACUUUGCUGGUCGGUUUAAUUGGUUCUCUUUUCGUCCCGGGAAGACCAGUUACAAGCAUCAGAAAUAUUCCCGAGCCUACAUAAACUUCAAUAGUGCUGAAGAUGUUUUUGAGUUUGCCGAAUUCUUUGAUGGACAUGUCUUUGUUAAUGAGAAAGGUGCCCAACAUAAGGCCAUAGUUGAAUAUUCACCUUCUCAGCGUGUUCCAAAGUCAAGUACCAAAAAGGAUGGUCGUGAAGGGACUAUAUACAAAGAUCCAGAUUAUCUUGAGUUUCUCAAACUUAUUGCAAAACCACCUGAGCAUCUUCCUAGUGCAGAGAUACAGUUGGAAAGAAAAGAAGCUGAGCAAGCUGGGGCUGCCAAGGAAGCACCAAUAGUCACUCCUUUGAUGGAAUAUAUUCGUCAGAAACGUGCCGUUGAGAGUGGGGCACAGGCUUCACCAGUUGUGACAAAGAUUAGCAGAAGAACCAGGGGUGCUUCAUCCAGCAAGCCUGGCUCAGAGAAUGCUAGACGAGGCUCUGAGAAGAAAAAGUAUGUUCAGAAGAAUAGUGCUAAAAGCAGCAACCGAAAAGACAAAUCAAGCUCUGUUGUAAUUCCCCGGCGAGAAUAUCAAUCAUCUGUGUCCAUUUCAAAGGGAAUAUCUGAAAUUGAAGCUGUGCAUGGUAUUGAAGGUCCUAUUUCAGCUAUCCCUCUGCCUGCUGGCUCUGGAAAGAAAAAAAUCCUGCUGGUUAAAGGGAAAGAACGAGAAAUUCUCAAUGCUGCUGAGAGUAUGGCACAACAGCAAAAUGUAAAAUCCGGAAAUCCUGCUGUUUCUGCUGCUUCAAAGCAGAACCCAAGACGCGAAGCUAGUGGAAGGUUGAUUAGGAGCAUACUUCUAAAUAAUGAAGCUCGUCAGAGCCAGUCCACAACUGCAGCUCAACAGAAAGUUCAGAUCUUGAGUUCUGAGAAUGGGAAGCGGCCACUUCGGAAUGUGAGUGCACGGUCUGGGACAAAUGGUCUUGUCUCCAAUCAUGAUGCAGGCCAAUUUAAUUCUGAAGGGGAUUCUAAAAGGGCAUUGGAUGAGAAGUUUGUAAAAAGGGAUCUGCAUGGUUUGGGCAGUGGUGAAAAAACAGAAAGGCGUACUAGAAACAAGGAUAGACCUGAUUGUGGGGUUUGGACUCCUCUUCGUCGAUCCGAUGUUUCUCAUGCUGUUAAUGAGCACUCAUCAUCCUCUGUAUCACAGUCUACCUUGUCACAUUCUGAAUCAGUUGAAGGAGAAAUGAAAGAUGAUGUCUUUUCUGGAAGCAGAAAAGGGGAAUACUCAGCCUCUGCUGGUGGUCGUAAUAGUUCCUCAGUUGAAAAUGGUUCUCAAAGACAUUAUACUCGUCGUGGAGCUACCCACACAGUGAAGGAUGACACUGCAGUCAGUUUAAGUGAAGCAAAACCUUCUAAGAAAGGUGUUGCUGGACAUGGGGCUCAUGAGAAGCAAGUGUGGGUUCAGAAAUCAUCUUCAGGGUCCUAAAAUAUCUAAAGGUGGUUUACAACGUGACUGACAGAGUAUGGACCACUACAACAGCAAUAAUUCCUCGAAGUUUUGAGGCAGAUCAUUCCUGCUAUGAGCUAUGGUCUCCGUUGGGGAUCGUCCUUAACAAAUUCAGGUUGACCCAAGGUUGGGCUACUUAAAAAGAAAGAUGAUCCAGUUGUUGCCUGAUGGAGCCUGCUCAUUGAAAGGAAUGCCAAAGUUAUAUACCUACCUCAUCAUGGACAUGAUAUUCUGCUGGAAAGAGUGUGGUGUGUCAAUCAUGUCUGUUAGAUGUUUGUACCAUUCGUCUCCUUUUAAGUUUACUGAGUAUUUCUUUGGUGCAAAAUAGUAUCUGUGCCUGGGAUGUACUAUAUAAUAGUGCAUGGUGGUACUUGCCAAGGGGCAGUCGUGUAUUGUGACGAGUCACAGCAUCCUUGUCCCUUCCUAAUAGACUACUAGGGGCUGGACAAUGUUGUGUAUCAAGGCGUGUGAUUCUUAUAUAAGAGGAAGCACUUUGGUGUGCCUGUAAUCCUAAAAGAUCAGAGAUGUAAUAUUGAUCGUUGGUGUAUUAUCAUCCUGUGGUUGAUUUUAAA